AUGCCAGAAAACGGUGAAUCGAGAGGAGGAGUUGGCGAUGCUCCAAACGAAGACGAUGACAUUGAUCCUAUUGACAGUGGAGGCUCAAGAGGAGCUCCUAGUCAGCGAGGCGGCUUCCGGAACAUCGUCCGACGCAUUCAGCUGGCCGCCGAGUUCAACCGACUGUCAAAGGCUAAUCGUGAAAAGGAUGAUUGCUUCGAAGAGGAUGACUUAAAACGGCGCAAGUCUCGACUAGCCCAUCGUCGCAUCAGCGGUCAGUCGUCCCUCGAUCGAAGCUCUUGUUUGAGCUUUUCUCAAGGCAGUAACAAGCUGCUCGGUGAAACCUCCUCUGAGAAGCAUUUUACUGAGGGCGAAAUAAAGUUUCCCAAUGACGACAGCUUCCACGAUCAGGCAAAGCCUUUUGUGGUUAUCAAGGCGAACAUUCUCAAAACAGGCAUUGCUCGCGUUUUCAAGGACUCCUGGCAGCUGGACGUGCCGAAGAUCAUCACCUACGUCAUCACCAGCAAGUCUCAGAAGUGCCAGUGGAGUAACAAGAAGCAGAUUGAGCACUUCCAAGCGGGAAUCACCAAGGCAGCCAUGUCUACGAACAUGUGGAUCUUCACCAAUGGACUGAAUUGCGGACCAACAAACUACAUCUGCUCGGCAAUUGAAAAUGAACUCAAGAAGAACCGAUUGAAGCGAACGCUGGAUAACUACCCUCUUCUCUUUGGAUUCGCCUUUGCCGAUGAUUUGAUUUACGGUGACAAGUUCAAUGAAACGAGCAAUUUUCAGACCACCCUUUGCCUGAACAACCUGGGCUAUCCUAGAGAGGGGAAAUUUGAGCUGAAUCCGCAUCACUCACACUUCAUUAUUGCUAAAAAUGACAACAGCAGUAGUAGUAGCAGUAGCAGCAGCAUCGAUGAUCAGAACAGCAUCACACUGAAGGCCAUUCAGAUGCUCGUCAAGAGUGAGGAGUUUUAUCAGAUUUGCAACAAAGAUUCAAAGUGCUCCGUCGAAGUGCCCCUCGUGUCGCUGCUGAUCGAAGGUGGGCCCGAGUCGAUGGCCUCGGUGCUGACGCUGAUCAAGCAGGGCUCAGUGGUGGUGGUGCUGCGAGGCAGCGGCGGCCUCUCCGACCUCAUCGCCUCCACCUACUACCGCCUGUGGGAGGCAUUCUCUGAGGACGCCUACGCCUGGGACGCCGACUUUGUGGAGGAGCACGUCAGGCCGGUGCUGGGUGCCAAGAUAGCCUCUCGUUUCGAUUUUGACCUAAUCCUCGACUGGAACUGCGCCCAGGUGGCAAAGAAUCUGCUCUUCUCCCAGCAGAACAAUACACUGAACAUUACCGAGCAAUUCAGGAGCAAGUUCACCGCCAUACUGACGCGUGAAAAUCGGGAACCCUUUGUCGAUCUGUUUCUGGCGCAGGGCUUUCAGCUGCACCGCUAUCUGACGCCCUCACGACUAAGUCGACUCUUCAGGCACAUCCACGAUGACGACUUUUUUCAUACGGUGUGCUGGGAGUCUGCUUUUGGAAAGUCUUCCACGGCCAAGCAGGGCAAGUACUUCAUUGAGGGUGACCUGAACUGGCUGAUUAUGUUUUGCACUGGCCUGGAGAGUUAUGUGAAGACUGUGGAUCUAAAUGAGAGCUCACACGGCAACUACAAACACGUCGACUCGCUGGCUGCCGAGCGGAAGGCGCUGACGCUGAUCACCAUUUGGGCAGUGAUGGCGAAUCGCUACGAGCUGGUGAAGGUACUGUGGAAGUACUCCGACCACCCGGUGCACACUGCUCUGCUCAUUUCGAUGUUCUACGAGCGAUUGUCCUACAACGUCAUGGACAUCAACACCAAGGCGGAGAUGAAGGUGAAGGCGGUGGAGUUUGCGGCGCACGCCAACGGCGUUCUCGACAAGUGCUACAACGAGGACAUCAGCCAGGCGUACAAUGUGCUGAGAGAGUCUACCGUCGACUACGACUACAUGACGGCGGUGGACCUUGCCGCCAGUGCUCAGCUGAAGCAGUUCAUGGCCCAUCCCUGCUGUCAGAAGUGGCUGACCACCACCUUCCAGGGGCACAUUCGACUACGCGAGAUCACCUGGGGCUUNGCGCUUCAAGGAAGAUGA